AUGCGACAAAGUACUCAUCGAAUAAACACCGAAGAGUCCGGGCAAUCUUCAUCGAGCGCCACAGUGGCCCUGGGGCUCGAGGAGUGGCACAAUGGCGACGAUCCAGAUGUCGACAUCAUAUUCAUCCACGGCCUCAUGGGCCAUCGAGAAAAGACCUGGAGAGGCACCGACGAUGACGGACGAAAGCUCGAACCAUGGCCCAAAGCCCUCCUCCCAUCGAAGAUACCGAAUUCACGCAUAUUCACAUUCGGCUACGAUGCGCACGUAUUCAACUUGAACGACCAGGGAAAGGUUUCCGUCAAGGCGAUUAGAGACCAUGCAAAGGAGCUGGUAGCUUCGGUCGAACACGAGCGCACUCAAACCAACACCGCCGGACGUCCGAUGAUAUUUGUGUGUCAUAGUCUCGGGGGUCUUGUUUGUAAAGAUGCAAUCCUUUUCUCCGCUCAACGCCGCGAUAGAGAAGAUCUCAUGGAUUUCUCUCAACAUACCGCCGGCAUCAUCUUCAUGGGGACUCCCCAUCGGGGGUCAGCCAUUGCCGAUUACGCGACUCGAUUUUCCAGCCUUGUUGGCAGCUUCAAGCAAACCAAUCCCAAGCUGCUUCAGGUUUUACAGAGAGAGUCGGAUACUCUACACCGAAUCCACGACGACUUUUAUGACCUCGUCAACGGAAGACGCAAUUCAAUUGACCAACACAAGAUUUCGGUGAUUUGUUUCUGGGAGGAACUACCAUCCCCGAAUGCCGGGUUGAUUGUGCCGAAGGAGUCCGCAGUCCUACCUGGAUUUGCCGACAGAGGAAUACAUGCCAACCACAAGAACAUGGCAAAGUUCAUCUCUGAAUCUGACCCAGGAUAUCAGGCUUUCGUACAAGAACUAAAUGCCAUAAUUUCCAAAGUCACACAAUGGACUACAGUCCCACGAGGCAUCACUUCACGAGUCCAGCAUGGCCAAACAUCACCAAUUCUUCCCACACAUACCAGCACCACAGCUUCAAAUGGCCCGUGGUUUCUUCUGCCUUAUUCAAGAAACGAGUUCUUUGUCGGUCGCUCAUCCACCUUGCAACAACUCAACUCUUGGCUUGGGUCUCCAUUGGAGAAUCGUCACCGUGGCAUCCAUAAACGAGCCGCUUUGCAUGGGCUUGGAGGCGUAGGUAAAACCCAAGUUGUCAUCGAAUGGGCAUACGAGAUGCGUCAGAGAGAUGAUGGCCUGUCCAUAUUCUGGGUUCAUGCGAGCACGACCGAACGUUUUAUCGAAGCCUACACAUCGAUCGCCCGGACCUGCCAAAUACCCGGUGCUUCAGCUGGUGGCUCAGAUCUCUUGAAAAAGGUGAAAGAGUGGCUGGGGAGUAGUCAUCAACAACAUCCAUGGCUCAUGAUAGUGGACAACGCCGACGACAUCGAGGUAUUCCUCGAGCGGAGCGGAGACGCCGGGUACAGGGCGAAAAUGCACAAGUAUCUUCCCAGUUCGCCAAAUGGAUCGGUCCUAUUCACCAGUCGAUCCAAGCACGCAGCAGUAGAUUUGACUGAGGGUCGAACCCUGAUUACCAUCACGGAACCGAGCCCUGAGGAAUGCAUUGACCUUAUCCGCGGCCGUUUACCAGCUUCUACCCACACGGUCAAAGACAUCAGUUCAUUGGCGAAGGAGCUUGGGUACUUGCCAUUAGCCUUGUCCCAGGCCAUAUCAUAUUUACAAAGGAAUUCGCUGUCGGUGCCUCAGUAUCUCGAUAUGCUAAGAGAAGGCAGCGGUGAUGGCUUAAGGGAUAUGCUCCAGGACGAAUUCACCGAGGCUGGUCGUGACAAUGCAUCCGAAAACCAGGUUCCCAACGCCGUUGCCAGAACUUGGCUCGCUUCCUUUCGCACCAUUGAGCGAGAGAAUAGCUUUGCUAUCGAGUUGUUGUACCUUUGCGGGUCCUUCGACCGACAAGAGAUUCCACGUUCCUUCUUCACCAGAUACAGGACGCACUAUGACAGAUACAAUUCAGAUCUAUCAUAUAAAAGAGAUGAUGAUAAUGACUUCGAAGAACACAAUGUCUACCCCUAUGAUAACGUCCGCCAGAUACGACGAAGAGAGAGGAUUAAAGGUCUUGUACAGCGCUUGUGGAGAGGGAAACCAACGGAGAAAGGCAAAGCGCCGAUCCCAGAGACUCCCAGGAUACCGAUACAACCCAGGCGCCAGCUACGCACCCCGACUGUUCAGGACCUAAGUGACUCACUGUCACUACUCAUGGGAUACUCUUUCUUAACAUCAAGUCAACACGAUAGGGUUGAAGAUACCACGUUCACGUUGCAUCGGCUAGUGCACCUAGCGCUGCAGUGGGAGAUGAAGAGAAGUGAACAAAUAGCAAAUUACACAUCACUUGCGAUGUUCGUCAUCAGUAACGAGCUCCCUAGAUACUCCGCAGAGAGCCUUCCUUGGAUCCGCAGGUUGAUACCCCAUAUCAAUGCAACGCUAGAUCAUGCGAAAACGCUCGUCGAUGUGGAUUGGUAUUGGCCAGCCGUCGCGAAAGCAUCGCUUCUGGCUGAUAUGGGUUGGUUUCUUGUCCACCAAAAUACGGGGCUUAAUGGAACACAGUGGAUGUGGCCUGAAGCCAUCAGACUGCUCGAGGAAACGGUUGGGCCAGCGCAUACCAGGACUCUUGGGACAAAACGCGAAUUUGGUUAUCUCCUCCAGGCAUAUGGCCACUACGAAGAAGCAGUUGAGAUUUUGGAAGCCAUGGUAUACUCAGAUGAUGAGGACAUUAAUUGUCCCCAGUUUGUAGCGACAUCCUUGUCGCAGGCUUAUAUAGGACUCGGUCGUAUUGAUGAGGCCACUGGAAUUCUCGACAGGGCAAUCAACCGGUCCGCCAAACACGUGGAAGAAAUGCUUGAAGACGCAGCGGGGAAUCUCGAUUUCUAUUGCUAUUACGAAAUCAUUUCGGAGCGUGGUGCCUCGAUAGCAUUGCGGGGCCAGCUGGAAGACGCCCUGGCCGUACUAAGGUGGCUGUUCCAUAAGAUCUGGCACGCCUCAAUGAACGCCGCUUUUCUUCCUCUCGAGCGAGCCAUCGAGGUUCUAGCAGCCGCUGGCAGCCAUGAAAGCGAGAAUGAGGCAUUGGCUUUGCAUAGAGUCUUGGUCCAGCUGUCGACCCAAGCAUACGGACAUGACUCAAGCACUCGCAAUGCAAAGAAGCGACAAAGAGAACUUAGAGUCUACAAAUCCCAAGGUAAGCCGAUUCAUCAGAUAAACCCAUAUGCGUCGGCAAUGGUAAAAGCAGUGGAGGAGAGGGCCCACAGACUGAGCACAGCUCGAGCUAGAGGACAAAGUAUGGAUAAUAGGUCUGGCAAAAUCGAGGUUUGCGAUGAGGAGCCGCCAGCAAGUACUUCCCCACUCAUCAUGGGAAUUAUAAACGAGUACAGGCAAGGCCAAAAGGACAUUGAUAAUUUACCCGAGGAUGACUGGAGAAAGAGUUGGGCCUGGACUCACUUUGAGCCUUAUCGCUCAGCAUGGUUGGCGUACCAGUCGAGUGGUGAUCAUGAUUCUGAAGAGGAGACAUCUAGGACUGGCUCAGUUGCUGAAGAUUCCGAAGAAGAGACAUACAGGGCUAGCAUAGACGAACAAGCGCAGAGUAGGACGAAGAGAGGAGAAUAG